CAAGAUUCGGUGAAUAGAAUAUGCAGAAAAAUGUUUGCAGUUUUCUGCAUAAAUCGAAAAACGACAAUUGACUAGUGAUUUCUGCGGAGCAAUUUCUGCAUAAAUUUUUAUGUUAAUUUAUAAAAGUUAUAAAAUGCGUAACAAAUAUAUUUAUUUGCAAGUUUUAGAAGAAAUUAUUUUAUUCAAAUUCUACCGUAUUCAUCAAUUGUGUUGCAAUGGACAAACUUCCUUGGUUAUCAUGUUGACCAAUGAACUUAAAAUUUUCAAUAUCCGAAGGUAAAUAAAUUUGAACAUUAUUGCUUACAUAGUUAAUUUUAAAUGAUUUUGGAGAAUUCGAAUAAUCAAUAGUACUGCAUCUUUUUACAAAAACCAACGCAUUGCUAACACCACUAAGUAUGAUAAUUUUAAAUAUAACAAACAAUUUUCCAUUAAUUUUUACAACGGAGUUGACAUGUUGUUUUGUAUCACUACUACAAACAUUAACAAACAAUUUUUUAUAUAAAAUACAGGAUUUAAAACUAAAACCUUCAGAAUGUUGAUGACCAAUAAUUUUAAGCUUAGCUUUUUCAGAGGUACUAAAAAUAUACAAUUUUUUGCUUCCUAAUAAUCUACAAUUAUCAAUGGAAUAAGAAUUUUUAAAAAAUCGCUUGCAUUCAAGCAAAGAUUCAUGAAAUUGCUUAGCCCCUUCACUUAAAAAUUCCACUUCUCCGAGACUGUAGACCUUUUGGGUGCAAAUAGCUCGAUUAACAAUUUGAGUACUGAUUUCUCUAGUACCACAAAAACUAUUUUUGAGAAUACCAUUGUAAUUUUCAAACUGAAAUAGAGAAUAUCCCCAAAGUGGGCCCCAUUUUCUCACAUUUUCCGCUGCGUGGGUUAAUAAAUGAACAUUAAAAGAACAAUAACUUUGGCCAUAGAGGUUUGGAAUAAGCAUUGAAAAUUCUUUGAUUAAUAUUUCUGCUACCAAUAUUUCAUCCAUUGUUACACUAUCUUGACACAAAAUCGAAAUGGAAUCUACAAGUUUAGCAAAGUGUUUUAAAAAACAAUCUUGAAGAAUUCCUUUUAGCAGCGGCACCGCAAUUAGCAUCCAAUUUUUCCAUUCGUGUGCCUUCCAAUAUUUAAUGCUGCUGAGAUCCCUUAUUGUCCUGCUGCAGUUCUUGGGAAUUUUGCAUCUUCUUAAUUUUUGAUUUAUUUGAUUUUCCUUAUUUCCAAUGUAAAAGAUUUCCUGAUGAUUCUUGGGCAAAAUCCAGGCAAAUGUCAACAUUCGUACGACUCCCAGUAAAACAGUGUGCAUGUAGUCAAAAACGAAACCAUCGACGAUUGAAAAAUGUGGAAUUUUCAAGAGAGGGGAGGCCAAUUUAAUUCCAUAACGAUUUGAAAUAGAUGAUCCAGUUGAUAGCAAGUCUCGAAGUUCCAAAAGCUGAUUCAAAAAAUGUUCCUUGUUUCGAUUCGCAGCAAUUUCAGUUGGCGGAAAAAUCCAUUUAUGACUUCUGUCCCCUGUGGACAAAUUGAGCCCUUUAGCCUGACACCAUGGACAACUAUACUCCCCAUUGAAUUGAUUAAUUCCUUGCAAGGGGGCACGAGCGACGGAAUCGGCUGCAAGCAUUGGGAAAAAUAUUUUACUUUUAAUUUCCACCCCAUUAAAAUUCCAUUGGAUUCCUUCCUUUGAUAAUUGAUUUGAUUGAUUAAUUAGUGGGUCAAGAAAAAGUUUGAAAUUUGGCUUGCUAUCAUUAAACCACAAUCCAGCCAAAAUGGUGUGCUUUCUUCUUAAAUCGUAAUCCAAUUCGUUGAUUGAAAGAAGUAGAGGCCAAAUGCAUGACUUGGAAGAGUUGAAAAUCGAAACGCCGUCCGUGUUGAUGCAACAAGUUAUGUCAAAUUUUGAUAACUUUAACUUUUUAUAUGCUUCUCCAUCCAUUAUUCCGGAUGACUCGUUAUUAUUAAAUUGACGUUUGGCAAAAUUCUUUUUUAAACAUUGUGCAAUAUUUUUUCUCUCCAAUAGUUGCUUCAUGAUUGUUGCAAUGUCAAAUGACACGAAAAAGUUGCCGUCCUUUGUAGCAUUCCUUCCAGACUCUUGACAACUGGCGCAACUUCCGUUUGUCUCCAAAAUAUUUUGACAAUUGGAGCAAAAGGGGAUCUUUUUUGCCUGAUCGUAGCAAGGAUUCAGUUUUUUGCUUAACAAGUAGACAGAUGAAGGAAUUGUUUCCCCUUGUGGGAGGUGAAAAUUGAUUAAGGUCAAGAGGUCUGAUAACGCUGAUUUGCUAAUUUUGUGUCGAAAGGCAUAUCCAAAAAUUAACAAGCAGCUUUCAUUUGCAGUUAGUUGAGAGUUGGGGAAAAUUGGUUGAGAUUGGGAUUUUUCUUCGCUCUGUGAACAAAUAAAUCAUGGGGUCAUAUUAUAUUAAUUAUUAUUUAUAAACAUACUUAUCUUACGUCAUCAUAUUCUUCGUCACUGGAUAAAUCAUCAAUCCCUGGCAUUGAAUUAUCAUUAUAAGCAACAACCUGUAUGAAAUAAGAAGAAUGUAAACUAUUGUAAUGCCAAUAAAAAAUUUAAAAAUACAUUAUCAUCCAGAUUGGUUUCUUCCUCAUGUUGUGGGCUAUUGCCGUUGACCUCCUGUGUAUUUUGAGUUUCAUGUUGAUUAUCCAAAUUACGACGAACGCCCUAAAAAACAAAAAAUGCUGUUGCUUAACAAGUUUCAACUAAAAAUUAUUUUAUUACCUUUUGACUAAUUCUGUAACGCGUUCGGCGAGGGACGAAAAGUGACCUACUUGACCCACCAGUUGGAGUAAAAUAUUUUUUAUAAUUUUUUCGUGUUGACAUUAUUAUUUAAUUAUUAAUUAUUGAAUUAACUUUUUAUAUACGUACACAUCGUAAACUUAUUAUUUUGUUUAAUUCAAUAAUUGAAGACUAAAUACUGCCCUAAGCCCAUGCCAGCGAAGUUUAGUAUUUCACACAUGGUCAAAACUUUUAACUUUUUUCUUAAAAAAUAAACUUAACAUAAAAUAAAAUGUCGUUUUUAUUGGUCGAAUGGUCAGAAGAUGACUUUAAGACAUAUUCUGUUGUGUCAAUUGACCAAUUAGAAGACGGAAUUUUGCGUGCGAAUCCUGGAAAACUUGUUGGAACUGUCGUUGCAAUUAAAUGGAAAAGGAACUCUAUCCAUCGUGGUCUCGUUUUACAAAUUGGGAAACACAAAAAUCUCUCUUUGGAAGCUGACAAGUUAGCCGUAAAAGCAGCUGACGAAGCUUCAAUCAUUAAAGAAAAAGACAAGAGCAAAUUUGAUAACUCUUCAGGAAUUAAAAGUAAUUUUUGCAAUAUAUUUUUUGAAAUUCUAAUUUUAUAUGAAUUAAUAUUUUUUCCAGUGCAAAAAUCUAAAAACCGAGCCAAUGAAAUUACAGAAAUUGCAUCCCAAAUUCCUUCUUCUCAAUCAGUUGACAUGAGUUUAAAUGCGGAAUUUGCUGACCCUCCUUUGGAUAACGAAACAGUAUCAAAAGAGAAGUAUGAUCGUCUCAAAGGACGUCACGAUAGGUUGAAGGAGAAAUAUCGCGAGUUGAAAAAAUUGGUAGAGAAUUCUCACGAAGUUGAAUUAUAUGAAGGGUCUGGAGUUACAUUGCCAGCUGCUGAAUUAGCUUCGAUAAAGAUUAUGUCGAAUAAACCAACAACCCUGGCCAGGAACUUGUUUCGUCGACUUUUCUCUCCGGAAGAACUAGCGAGUCAUUCCCUAAAUGGAAAAAUUUGUAAUGCAAACCAAUUAGCUCCCCCACUUCCAAAAAUUGACACAGCCAAAUCUGAUGCAGUAAUUAAAUUUGUUCUUAAAGAAGAAGGAUUCGACAACUCACCAAAUGCUGACAUUAAUGAGGCCAACAAAUCGUUUUUGAAGAACAAGAAGGCGGUAAAGCGAGAGAUUAAGAAAUCUCUAUCGGAUUUCCUUAGAGAGUGUAAGAAACGAAAAGAUUAAAAUAUUUAAAAAUAUUUUUGCUUUAAUAGUUUGUGAAAAAUUCUAAAAUAAUUUAAAGAAUUAAAUAAAUAUCUUUUGACGAAUGAAUUCUACCAAAAGUUUUAUGCCUAAUUUAUUCUGCACAAAAGUGGGCCAAUUUUAGCUCCUAAAGUUUUAUGCAUAAACAAAACUGCAGAAAUUUUUCUGUAGCUAGUUUUCUGGCUAAAAUUUUCUGUACAAAAGUGGGCCAAUUUUAGCCAUAAUUUCUGCCGAAUUCGCCACUAUAUUUUCUGCAGAAUUUGGCUCAUUUUUUUCA